AUGGAGUCGAAAUAUAAUGAAGAUAGCAGAUUUGGAACAAGAAUUUAUGUAACAGCAUUAGACAGUAUAAUCAACGUAAACUCAAUCUUCGCCUUCGCAGUAUUCAUUGGUUUAGCUUGGAACCCAUCCGAUCCAAACAAUACUCUCAUCAAUGAUCCUCAAUGUACUCCAGGAAACAACGUUCGUGAAGAUUUCAUCUCAUUUCAAGUUUUCUCUUUCGGUUGUUUCGUCUUCUCAAGUAUUAUAGCUUUAGCACUGAAACAAGCUUUGAAGAUUGCAAGAAACAACACUCAUAUUUAUGAGACUAUGACUAUGGCUCAUAAUAGUACUAUGGCUCGAGUUAAUAAGACUGUUCUCAGGGUUGUGAUUCUAGGUUCUGCAAUUGGUUCUUUAAUGGGGUUUAUUUUUUUGAUGUCGGGGCUUGUCAAUUUGGUCCAGAUUAAAUUGGGGGUUUUGUCUUGCCCUAACAAUGGGUUUACACUUCAAGCUGUUGUUCCUCUUGUUAUUUUGGUUCCUUCUGCUCUUGUUAUUUAUUCACUUAUUGUAGUUUAUGCUUUCAUUCACUAA